UAUCCAUGUUUACUAUCAUAUCUGGAAAUGGCCUCCCUAUACUAUACAUCCACCCUCAUCUGCCUCGCCACAACCCCCAAACACAUCAGCAUCGGCAUCCACCACGUCCACAAAGCAAUCGACCAAAUCCCCGCCAUCCCCGAGUCAGCCAGGGGAAAGGCUCUGGCGCCGACGACGUGGGAUUUUAGUGUUGGUGUGCUGGGAAUUCUCAGUCUUCUGAAUUAUAAAUGGGCCACGAAGGGCGGACCGAGAACCUGGGAGGAAAGUGCGGUGAUUUAUACGUGGAUGUGUACUGGCGCUGUGAUCGGAUGGCGCUAUUUUAGGAUGAAAAUGUAUCCUGGAUUGGGGUUUUUGUGGUUGGCGCCGGCGUUGUCGGUGCUUGGGAUGUGGGUGGGUUAGAUCAUGUAAUUCCAUACUAUGUAGUAUCUACUAUGUACGGAAUUGAGUGUUUUGGCAUUAUUGAUGAUUGGAUAAGGUUUAGCGU